AUGAUAAAUUUGUAUUAUAUUAAGGGCGAUGUGUAUGUAUUUAAUGUGGACAAUUGGUUUGAAUUGAGAAAAUCGCAUCGAAUUAUAGGUGAGAUUGUGGGAAGUACCUUAUUUGUUCCUUCACUACCUGUUAAGUUGUUGCCAGAGGAAGUAGUGUUCUUAUUGGGCAAAAAUAUUGCAAAAUUGUACGAAAUUGAGGGUGUACCGAACUGCGAUGGAGUGUUUGAGGCAGAGUUAUUGGAAAAACAAAAAGUUGAAUAUAAAAAAGUGCGAUAUCAACAACUGGACAGGUUUUUGGAUCACAUAGUCGAACAACGUCGUGAAAAUGGUGAUGAAACUUCAGUCAAAGAUAUCAUCGAAGAAGAAUUAGAAAAAUCCUGCACUGUAGACAUAAAUAACUUCAUACACCCAAUAUUUUUAGAAAAUAUACACGAAAGAGAUCUUAAACAACUCUCAGUUGAAAAAAUCCACCCCAAAACCAACCAACUAAAAAUUCAAAUAUACAGCGACUUGUGGUCAAAGGGUUACUACAUAACUCACGGCCACAAGUUUGGGGGGGACUUUUUGGUGUAUGUGGGGGACCCUGCGGCAUACCACGCCAUGUUUAUAGUGAGAUGUGUGGGAGACAGCCAACCAUUAUCACCUCAGGAAAUAGUGGCGUUUGGGAGGCUCGGCACCUCUGUGAGAAAAAGGGCAAUAUUGGCCUCGAUAAUGGAAGGGGUUGUGGGUUAUGUUACCAUUAACUGGAUAGAUGCCUGA